AUGUCUCCAGUCUUACCUGCUUUCUUCUAUCUUGGGCUGUGUGUACUGCAAGCGAUGCAAGCCCAGAGUGGCCCAUUCCCUAAGCCUUCACUCUGGGCUGAGCCCAGUUCCCUGGUGGCCCUGGGGCAGUCAGUCACUCUGAGGUGCCAGGGGCCUCCGGUUGUGGAUUUAUAUCGCCUGGAGAAACUGAAAUCUCAGAAAUAUGAAGAUAAAAACUUUCUCUUCAUUAAGAGCAUGCAAACAAGCCACGCGGGACACUACCGCUGCUCAUAUCAGAAUGGGAGUCACUGGUCUCCCCCAAGCGACCACCUUGAGCUAAUAGCUACAGGCGUUUAUGAUAAGCCCUCCCUCUCAGCUUAUCCGAGCUCAGCAGUUCCUCCAGGCAGGAACGUGACUCUGCAGUGCCGGACUAAACAUGGUUUUGAUCAAUUUGCUCUACACAAAGACCAGGAUACUGGGCUUUAUAAGAAACAUGAGGGAUGGUACCACCGGGCUAAUUUCUCCAUCAUCAAAGUGACUGCUGCUCACAGCAGGAUUUACCGGUGUUACAGCUUUUCCAGCUCAUCUCCAUACUUGUGGUCAGCCCCCAGUGACCCCCUGGUGCUUGUGGUUACAGGACCCUCUGCCACUCCCAGUCAGGUACUCACAGAGGUACCAUCUCCCACAACAGAAUCCCCCAGGAGAUCUUCUUCCUUACCCUCAACCAAGGUAUCUACAGCUGAGAAGUCUAUGAAUAUCAUUGUCUCUCCAGAGGAGUAAAGUCCUCCAUUUGGGUUUUCCCACCAGCACUAUGGCAAUGGGAAUCUGGUUCGGAUAUGCCUUGGUGCCAUGAUUAUAAUAUUCCUGGUGGGGCUUCUGGCAGAGGAUUGGCACAGUCGGAGGAAACGUCCAUCACCCAGAAUCAGAGCUGUGCAAAGACCACUCCCACCCCUCCCACUGGCCUAG